AUGCAUUUCUCCACAAUUGCUGGUCUCGGCCUCAUGGCCACCACUGCCAUGGCCUACCCUACAGUCCCCAAGCACUCCUUCAGCCGCCGCCAGAACGGUACUGCCAGCGCUGAGACUGUUGUCUACUGGGGCCAGAACGGUGGCGGCGUUGUUGAGAACAACGACCUCUCCAGCUACUGCGGUGCUGACUCUGGUAUCGACAUUCUUGUUCUGUCCUUCCUCUACCAAUGGGGUAACGGUGUCACCACCCCCGCUGGUACCAUCGGCCAGUCUUGCUCCAUCGACACCACUGGUGCGGGCACUGGCUGCGACGACCUCGCCACCGCCAUCACCACCUGCCAGGGCAACGGCAAGAAGAUCAUCCUCUCCCUUGGUGGUGCCUCUGGUGCCUACUCCCUCCAGGGCCAGUCUGAUGCCGAGGCCAUCGGCCAGUCUCUCUGGGACUCCUACGGAAAGAAGGGCAGCGGCAGUGCCCCUCGCCCCUUCGGUGACGCCUUCGUCAACGGCUGGGACUUUGAUCUUGAGGCCAACAGCGGUAACGACAACUACCAGUACUUGAUCGCCAAGCUCCGUGAAAACUUCGCCAGCGACUCCUCCAACACAUACUACAUUACCGGUGCUCCUCAAUGCCCUAUCCCUGAGCCCAACAUGCAGGCCAUCAUCACCAGCAGCCAGUUUGACUACCUCUGGGUUCAGUUCUACAACAACGAGGGCUGCUCCACUGACACUGGCACCAACUACGCUGACUGGGUCUCCAACAUUGCCAACACUCCUUCUUCCGGCGCUAAGAUCGUCAUCGGUGUCCCUGCCUCUGAGCUCGGUGCCACUGGUACUGACUCUGGUGCCAAGUACUACCUUGCUCCCGCCGACCUCGCCACCCUUGUCACCAAGUACAAGGAUGACUCUGCCUUCGGUGGUGUCAUGAUGUGGGCUGCUGGUUUCUCUGACGACAACGUCAACAACGGUUGCACCUACGCCCAGGAGGCUCACAGCAUCCUGACCACCGGCAGCGCCUGCUAA